AUGACUGUGAGUUAUUCAGCAACUGUUAUGACUUUGAGUGACAAAAUUCAGUUUCCAUCUUUUCUCCGAACAAUUCCAAGUGAUCUCUUCCAGUCCAUUGGCAUGGCCUAUUUGGUCCUACAUUUUGGUUGGAUAUGGGUUGGACUUCUGUCUGACAGCAGUGACUAUGGACUUCAAGGCAGCCUUAAAGUAAAAGAAGUACUAAGUAGAGCCGGGGCUUGCAUUGCUUUUUCUGAAUCAAUACCUGCAGUGUACUCUGAGAUGAAGAUUAAAUAUAUAGUUGAAACAAUUAAGAAAUCUUCUGCGAAUGUGAUAGUAGCCUAUGCUACAGAUCUUGACCUCUACCCUCUCAUGGAGGUAAUUACACAGAACAAAGUGACUGGAAAAGUCUGGGUAGCUAGUGAUGGCUGGGCAAAUUCUCCUAUGUUUUCUAAGCUAGAGUUUUUGAGAACCCUUCAAGGAACUCUUGCUUUUGUAGUGCGGAGAGGAGACAUACCAGCAUUUGAGGACUACAUUUAUAGCCUUAAUCCUCAUAGCAAUUCAGAUGAUAUAUUUUUGAAAAUAUUUUGGGAACUUGUUUUUGGCUGUAACCUGCAGACCAUAGAUAAUGUAGGUAAAAAUAAUAAGAACUUGAGCAAAGAAUCAAAAGCCUGUGUGGGAGAUGAAACACUACAGGGCAUGAAAAUGGAUUUUUUUAAACUUGCUGAUUUAAGAAAUACAUAUAAUGUCUACAAUACCAUAUAUGCUGUUGCUCAUGCUUUACAUGAUAUGACCUCAUGCAAACCUGGAGAAGGGCCAUUUGGUAAUGGCUCAUGUGCAGUGAUGAAGGAUUUCCAGCCGUGGCAGUUUCUAUACUAUUUAAAGAGUGUUCAUUUCAGGAAUAAAAAUGGUGAGGAUGUAUUUUUUGAUAUGUAUGGUAACCCUCCAGCACUGUACAACAUUCUGAACUGGCAAGCAAAAUCAGAAACGUCUUUCCAGUAUGUAGAUGUUGGUCAGUUUGAUUCCAGUGCUGCAGAUAACCAAAAGCUAAUAGUGGAUGUACCUGCUAUACUAUGGAACACAGCUGGAAAGGCCCCAAAAUCACUGUGCAGCAAAAGUUGUUCUGCAGGUUACAGGAAGGCACCUCAGCCAGGCCAGCCAGUCUGCUGCUUCAUUUGUAUCAUGUGCUCCCAGGGAGAAAUGUCUAAUGAAACUGAUUCCAUUGAGUGUUUGAAGUGCUCCAAAUAUAGCUGGCCAACUGAAAGGCAGGACAAGUGUAUCAAGAAAAUAAUUGAAUUCAUUUCCUAUGAAGAACCACUAGGCAUAACAUUAACUACUGUUUCCAUAUUCUCUGCAAUGGUUACUACUGUCAUCCUAACAAUCUUUUUAAAGUACCAUCACACACCUGUUGUCAAGGCCAACAACAGAGAGCUUAGCUAUUUGCUUUUAUUUAGUCUUAAGUUGUGCUUCCUCUCUUCAUUAAUUUUCAUGGGCCGCCCCACACAUGUGACAUGUAUGCUUCGCCAAGGUGCAUUUGGCAUCAUUUUUACAUUAUCACGCUCUUGUGUUUUAGCAAAAACCAUUGUGGUGGUCAUUGCUUUUACUGCUAGCAAACCAAACAGUGAUCUAAGGAAAUACUCAAGCUCCAGACUACCAAAAAUGUUACUUAUCCUCUGCACAACUAUUCAGGUAAUAAUAUACAUUUCUUGUUUAAUUAUUUCCCCUCCAUUUCAGGAUGAAAAUACAACUUCUAUAACAGGCAGAAUCAUUAUAGAGUGUAACCAAGGUUCACCUGUGGCUUUUUGGUGCAUGCUAUCUUACAUGGGUCUUUUAGCCAUUGUAAGCCUUGCAGUUGCAUUUCUGUCCAGAAAGCUCCCAGACAGCUUUAAUGAGGCUAAAUUUAUCACAUUCAGUAUGAUGGUAUUUGUUAGUGUGUGGAUGUCAUUUAUCCCAGCCUACAUGAGCACACAAGGGAAGUAUAUGGUAGUUGUAGAAAUAUUUGCCAUUGUAUCCUCAGGAGUUGGGCUUCUGCUUUGUAUAUUUAUUCCUAAAUGCUACAUCAUUCUGCUGAGACCAGAAAUGAAUACUAGAGAUUACCUAAUGGGAAAAGGGACAUUUAAGAAUGAGAAAGAUUAA